CGGUGCAGCUCCUCACUUCCGCCCUCGUGGUCCUCGCGCCUAGGAGUUCGCGGUCUCCCGCGCCGGGUCUUCGCUUCGCUCGCCCGCCUUCCCUUGGAAAGAGCCGCUUUGGCGGGAGGCGCCCCGGCUCCGUCCCGCUGCCGCCAUGCUGGUUUUAUUCGAGACCGCGGCCGGAUACGCCAUUUUCAAGGUUCUGGAUGAGAAGAAACUCCAAGAAAUUGACAGCUUAUGGAAAGAAUUUGAAACUCCUGAAAAAGCAAAUAAAGUAGUGAAACUGAAACACUUUGAGAAGUUUCAAGACACCACAGAAGCUCUUGCAGCAUCCACUGCUCUGGUGGAAGGCAAGAUUAACAAGAACUUAAAGAAAAUCUUAAAGAAGAUAGUUGCCAAAGAUGCACACGAACAGUUGGCCGUAGCAGAUGCCAAACUGGGAGGUGUAAUAAAGGAGAAACUGAACUUAAGUUGCCUGCACAGCCCCAUGGUUACUGAACUGAUGAGAGGCAUCCGUUCUCAAAUGGAAGGGCUGAUCACUGGCCUUCCAUCGCGGGAGAUGGCAGCUAUGUGUUUAGGCCUGGCACACAGCCUCUCCCGAUACAAGCUGAAGUUCAGCCCAGACAAAGUUGAUACCAUGAUCGUCCAAGCUAUUUCUCUCCUUGAUGACUUGGACAAAGAACUAAACAACUAUAUAAUGCGCUGUCGAGAAUGGUACGGGUGGCACUUCCCUGAACUGGGCAAAAUCAUCACAGAUAAUCUAACCUACUGUAAAUGUGUGCGGAAAAUUGGAGACAGAAAAAACUUUGCCUGUUCUGACCUGUCGGAGGCCCUGCCUGAGGAGGUGGAGGAGGAGGUGAAAGCAGCUGCCGAAAUCUCCAUGGGGACUGAGGUGUCAGAGGAAGACAUCAGCAACAUACAGCAUCUCUGUGACCAGGUAAUCGAGAUAUCGGACUAUCGAGCACAGCUGUAUGAUUAUCUGAAAAACAGAAUGAUGGCCAUCGCGCCUAACCUCACGGUCAUGGUGGGAGAGUUGGUGGGAGCGAGACUCAUCGCUCACGCAGGCUCUCUCUUGAACCUGGCUAAGCACCCGGCGUCGACAGUUCAGAUCCUGGGAGCCGAAAAGGCGCUCUUCAGAGCACUGAAGACUAAACGCGACACACCCAAGUUUGGUCUGAUCUAUCACGCUUCUCUUGUGGGGCAGACGACAGCCAAGAACAAAGGAAAGAUCUCACGAAUGCUGGCAGCUAAAACAGCCUUGACUAUCCGUUACGAUGCUCUCGGAGACUCGAGCAGCGCUGAGAUGGGAGCGGAAAACAGGCUGAAAGUCGAGACAAGGCUAAGGCACUUGGAGGAGAAAGGGAUAAGACGGAUAAGUGGCACGGGAAAAGCCUUGGCCAGGGCAGACAAAUAUCAGCACAAGAGUGAAGUGAAGACCUACGACCCUUCUGGGGAGUCGACGCUUCCACCGGUCCCAGGAAAGCGCAAACGUGAAUUGGAAGAGGAGGAGGAGGAGACGACGACGACAGCAGGCCCAGGAAAAGCAAAGAAGGCGAAAAUAGUAGAAAUCAAAGUGGAGGAAGAGGAAGAACAGGAGGAACCCGUCAAGAAGAAAAAGAAGAAGAAGGAGAAAAAGAUGAAAGCUCAGGAAGAAGCUGCUUGGGUAGAGGAUGAGGAAGAAGAAGAACCAUCAACUAGCAUUUCAGUCGAGACUUCAGAGAAGAAGAAGAAAAAGAAAAAGAAGAUUAAAGAGGAGCCAGAAGAUGAUUAAGAGGAAGAAACCACAAUCUCCCUGGAGAUGGCGUCUACGUGGUUUUGGAGACAGCUGCCCCAAAAAUGUAAUUUGCCCCACGAUUAGGCAAGGCCGACAAAUUCUUCCCACUUUCUGUGGAGCAGAUCCACCCUCCAUUCUCAGUUCUUUAGUCUGAACACCAAGUUUAAUCCUGAUGUUUCUUUGUAAUACUAACAAACUGCUUUGAGAGUUUGCCUGUAUCGAAAAAGCAAUAUUAUACAUGUUCAAAAACCAGUAACAUUUUCCAGCAGCAGAACUCCUUUAUCUUCCUGCAGUAUAAAUUUUUAGAACACACUGAGUCUGA